UACCUGCCAAUCACGCUGGCCCCCUGGCGCCCCGCCCCGAGCCCACUCCCUGCCUGUCCGAGGCCCUCCCUGCCUGCAGAGGAGCUCUGGCUGCAGAAGGAUGACCGCUGUGGCCGGUGCCUUCGAGUUGGAGGAGUUCCUGGAGGCCCUCGACGAGCUCCAGCAGCCGCUGGGGACUGACUGGCAUCCGCUGGUACAGUCCGAGGACCUCAACAUACACCAGCGUCUGAAGGAGCGGACUGGACUUUAUGAAUAUAAAGUCUUUGGUGUUCUGAAGAAGUACCCACCGAGUCUUCUUGCAGAUGUCUAUAUGGAUUUAGCCUACAGAAAACAGUGGGACCAAUAUGUUAAAGAACUCUAUGAAGAAGAAUGCAACGGAAAGACUGUGGUCUACUGGCAAGUGAACUACCCCUUUCCCAUGUGGAACAGAGACUAUGUGUACAUCCGGCAGCGGCGAGAGCUGAAUGUGGAAGGGAAGAAGGUCCACGUGAUCCUGGCUGAGAACGUCUCUGUGCCGCAGUUUCCUGAGAGGUCUGGCGUGGUCCGGGUGAAACAGUACAAGCAGAAGCUGGUGAUCGAGAGCGACGGCAAGGAGGGUAGCAAUGUCUUCCUGUAUUACUUUGAUAACCCGGGUGGCAGAAUUCCGUCCUGGCUCAUUAACUGGGUCGCCCAGAGUGGAGUUCCUAACUACUUGAAAAACCUGGCAGAAGCCUGUGAGAAAUACCUCGAGAGGACCUAAAGCCAUGUCUCCAGAAGUGCCACAGCCCCCCAGGACUUGCCGUCCCUUUCGCUUUUCUGUCUUCAGAGGCCUGCACGCUCUCCAGCAUGUUGUUCCCAAGUUAGCCUGACGCCUGGCUUCCUUUCCCACUCUCCCCACCCCGGCCCUGGCUGCCUUCUUCCACUAUUGAAUAUGGGUCAGAUUAGGGAAACCUUUGCUUGUUUGUUUUUAAAAAGGGAAGUCCUCACCAGAGAACUCAGUCGUUCCAUUGUGCCAUUUUAGGGAGAUGGGUGGGUGAAUGAACGACAAUAAAAUGUAAGAAUGACCAGUCCCGGCAGGCUGGCUCCUUCCCAGAGGUGAUGUCUUGCAACCCAGCUGCCAGAUACCGCACCCCCUCCAGAGGGGACCCCCAGAGCACCAUACCUGGAAGCUGCAUGCUGAUGCCCAUUUGCCUUCUGCUUUGGUGACUUGAUUUGUUUGGGAUUCCAGGUGACAGUCCAAGAAGUCCUUUCCCAUUGCUACAUGUGGAUGAUCACAAGUUGACUUCAAACCAUUUGAAAACCAUUACAGGCCUAAACACUUAAUGUGAUAACCACUUCUCAAGUCUGGGUUCUUCUCUUUCCCAUAUACUUCUGGGGAAAGGUUGUCCAUACCUCACCAGCUCUGCCUUUCCUUGGAAACUGAGGCAUCAAGAUGGCUUGGCUGUCAGCAGAGUCAAGAUGCUUUGCACACAGCAUUGUGACAAAUAUCUCUGUAUGCAGUAAGAUGAAUUUCUUUUCUAGAGUGAUUGAAGAUUUUGAAGAAAUAAUAGUUCAUAGCCAGGGAAAUAUUAAUUGAUGGCUUGGUUGACUCUCCACCUGUUUCUCAGGAAUUCUACCUAAGUUGUCUACCUCUUUCACCACCAAAAGACUUCCAGUCUGCUACAUUUUCUUCUGAAUUUUGGCAGGGAAGAUACUAUGUGGCCAAAGGCACAGCCUUGAUGAUCUCAGGGAAAAAUUUUAACCACUGUGAUUGAUGGCACUGAACUUUAAUUAGCAGGCAUAGAAAUUUGGGAUGCAAAGCCAGAAGUAGAGGAUUUAUUAAAAUGUGAUCCCUCAGACUGUAUAUUUUCUCUCUGGGAAGGACAGUGUGUUGAAUACUAAAUAAAUACAGAGUGAUUAUA